CCCGCCCCGCUGCGCCCGCCCGGCCGCGGCCGUAACGGUCCGGCCCGGUCCGGCCCGCAGGACCCGCGAUGGGGGCGCCGGGGACGGCGGGGCCGCUGAGCUCGGAGCUGUGGGUGAAGCAGCAGCGCUGCGCCGUGAGUCUGGAGCCCGCGCGCGCCCUGCUGCGCUGGUGGCGGAGCCCGGGGCCCGGCGCGGGUGCCUGCUCCGUGCCCGUGUCCGAGAUCAUCGCGGUGGAGGAGGCCAAGGCACAGGGGAAGCACCACACCAGCGGCCGGUGGCAGAGGAUGGAGACGCCAUUCGCGUUCACAGUGCACUGUGUGAAGCGUGCCCGGCAUCACCGCUGGAAGUGGGCGCAAGUGACCUUCUGGAGCUCGGACGAGCAGCUGUGUCACCGGUGGCUGCAGACGCUGCGGGAGCUGCUGGCUGGGCUGACGUGCAGACCGAGGCACUUGCUGGUGUUCAUCAACCCCUUCGGCGGGAAGGGCCAAGGCAAGCGGAUCUACGAGAGGAAAGUGGCGCCUCUCUUCUCUCUGGCUUCCAUUUCCACCGACAUCAUCGUCACUGAGCAUGCGAACCAAGCCAAGGAGACUCUCUAUGAGAUCAGCCUGGACAAGUACGACGGCCUCGUCUGUGUCGGUGGCGACGGGAUGUUCAGCGAGGUGCUGCACGGCCUCAUCGGCAGGACACAGAGGAACGCAGGUGUGGACCAGAACCACCCCCGGGCCACGCUGGCGCCCUGCGCCCUCAGGAUUGGCAUCAUCCCCGCAGGGUCGACAGAUUGCGUGUGCUACUCCACCGUGGGCAUAAACGAUGCGGAGACGUCGGCUCUGCACAUCAUUGUCGGGGACUCGCUGGCCAUGGAUGUGUCUUCGGUGCACCACAACAGCACACUGCUGCGGUACUCCGUAUCCCUCCUGGGCUACGGCUUCUACGGGGACUUGAUCAAGGACAGCGAGAAGAAGCGGUGGAUGGGGCUGGCCAGGUACGACUUUUCAGGCGUCAAGACCUUCCUGUCACAUCACUACUAUGAAGGGACGGUGUCCUUUCUGCCGGCACAGCACACUGUGGGGUCUCCGCGGGACCGGAAACCCUGCCGGGCAGGAUGCUUUGUGUGCAGGCAGAGCAGGCGCCAGCUGGAGGAGGAACAAAAGAAGGCUCUCUAUGGCUUGGAAAACACCGAGGAGAUGGAGGAGUGGCAGGUCAUCUGCGGGAAGUUCCUGGCCAUCAAUGCCACCAACAUGUCCUGUGCCUGUCCACGGAGUCCGGGCGGCCUGUCCCCAGCUGCGCACCUAGGAGACGGGUCUUCUGAUCUCAUUCUCAUCCGGAAGUGCUCCCGGUUCGACUUCCUGAGGUUCCUUGUGAGGCACACGAACCGGUAUGACCAGUUUGACUUCACGUUCGUUGAAGUUUACCGCGUCAAGAGAUUCCAGUUCACCUCGAAGCACGUGGAGGACGCAGACAGCGACCUGGCAGAGCGGGGCAAGCAGCGCUUUGGGCAGAUUUGCACUGACAGCCCCUCGUGCUGCUGCCCAGCCAGCGGCAGCUCUUGGAACUGUGACGGGGAGGUGCUCCACAGCCCGUCCAUCGAGGUCAGGGUCCACUGCCAGCUGGUCCGGCUCUUCGCGCGCGGGAUCGAGGAGAACCCCAAGCAGGGAGCAGACAGCUGAGGGGCCGCUACCUGUCAUCCACCUCACGCCCAGGAAAUGGGAACAUCAUUUCAGAGAUUUACUGCAGACCAAUUAUGUGGACAUGAACAUUUACAUUUAGAAAUUUAUUUUUGAUAGGUAAAUCUUGGUUUUAGGAACA